GUGUUUCGUCAAUGUCAAAGAAAAUACAAAAAAUCCCAUUACAAGUAAUGGCACUGGAUAGACAUGAUAAUAAUAUUAAGGCUUUUACAGAUUUGACGCGUUCAGAUAGCGAUAUAGAAACUCAAGUAUUGCAAAGAAAUAAAGAUUUAAACGAAAAUGUAUCUUGGUCAACUUUGCCACGCUACGAAAGUUUAAUUGAAGAGUUUAUUAUAGAUGAGCCUCCAAAGUUUGAAAUCGUUACUGGUGAAAAGUUACACAUAGAACUAGAAAGCAUAAACAACGAAAGUAUAUCAAACAACAACUCGAAUUCUCGACAAUCUACAAAAUGCGAAAAAUGUAUUCUUGCAUUCAUUCUCGUAUUUUCGCUAUCCACUGUUUUAGCUUUAAUUAUUUAUGGCUUCUUAAAUCAUUUAAUAUCGUAGCCGGUGGUAAAUUA